AUGCAUGAGUUGAAUCAAGGUGAGCAAGAAGAACCAACUGAGCCAGGUACUCAGGAGCCAACAAAUGAAACUAAAACUGAAUCAGUUUCAAUCACAAAAGAAGAAGAAUCUGAUAAGGAACCAGUUGAAGACCCUGAACCAAGGGUUGAGCCAGAAGAAGAACCAGUUAAGCUAAAUGUUGAACCUGAAUAUACAACUCCCUUGCUGACUGCUGCAAGAGCCAGUUAUAUGGCUGAGUGUGAAGCUGAAUUUCUGCAAUUGAGUCACUAUGCACGAGGUAUGGUGGCGACUGAGUAUGAGCGAUGUGUUCGCUUUGAGGAUGGCCUCAGAGAUAACCUAAGAGUCCUGAUAGCUCCGCAGAGGGAGCAUGAUUUCUCUGCACUGGUGGAAGAGGCAAAGAUCACUGAGGAAGUUAAGUGUGCCGAGCGCCAAAAUCGUGAUAGAGAGAGGGAGUGUCCGUUGAGGGCCGAUCAGAUGCAAGCUCAGAGUACUAGUACUGUGCUGCAGCCACAGAGUGUAGCACAGCAACCACUGAGGGGCCGUGAGUUAUCGGUUGAGAGUACCACUAGUGAGGUCACUGUACUGAGUCCAUUAGGGCAACCGGUUCGGGUUAAUAAAUUGUUUAGAGAUGUUCUUCUAGAGGUUCAAAGGACGGUAUUCCUGGUUGAUCUAAUGGAGCUGCCAUUUGGGGAGUUCAACCUAAUAUUGGGAAUAGACUGGUUGGUCAAGCACCGCAUCAGUUUGGACUGUGCGACUAAGAGGGUCGUACUGAGGACUGAGGAGGAUAAUAGGGUAGUUUUAAUUGGAGAACUCCAAAAUUAUUUUUCUAAUGUGAUUUUUGCACUAGUAGUAGAAAAGUUGGUUCGUAAGGGAUGUGAGGCAUUUUUGGCCUAUAUAAGUGUUUUUGAUUCUGGGGACUCUACUGUUAAGGACAUCAGAAUGCUAGAAUCUAGGAAGGAGUUCAGGGUUUUUAGUGAUGAAUCACAUGUCGGUUUGGGAUGUGUGUUGAUGCAGGAUGGUAAGGUUGAGAGUGGUGCUACUACCAACUUUGGAUUAAACAGUGAUGGUGUAUUGUGCUUUCGAGGACGAAUCUGUGUACUGAACAAUGUGGAUCUGAGACAGUCAAUUCUGAGGGAAGCGCAUAAUAGCCAUUAUGCUAUGCACCCUGGUGGGAAUAAGAUGUAUCAAGACCUUCAAGAGUUGUAUUGGUGGCUAGGUUUGAAGCAAGAACUGGUAAAGAUUUCUCUAUGGAAGUGGGAACGUGUAACUAUGGAUUUUGUUAAUGGGUUGCCUCUAACACCCACUAGGAAGGAUUCAAUAUGGGUCAUCGUGGAUCGAUUGACCAAGUCUGAUCACUUUAUAUCGAAUAGGCCUGCUGGUCUGGUGGUUAGGAGGACUGUUGCUGUCCUGGAGGUCCUGUGUUCGAAUCAUCGCGCAAGUUCUGGUGGUCUCGGGAUUGGUUUGGCAGCGAAUCGACAUAAGGUGUGUACAGGAAAAGCAGAAAAUGGGAUAUGGUGA